AAUCGGUUUCAUGUUAUAAUCCCUCCAUCGUUUCGAUUCAAUUUCGGGUUCCGUUGAACAUUUCAUUCCGCAAUUCCAUCCCUCUCUCUCAUCUCCCCCCUCAUAUCAAGCCAUUUUUCUAGGUUUCCCUCAGGUAGCAUAACAUGGCGGACGGUGAGGAUAUUCAGCCACUUGUCUGCGAUAAUGGAACUGGAAUGGUCAAGGCAGGGUUCGCCGGAGAUGAUGCACCACGAGCUGUGUUCCCAAGUAUUGUCGGUCGUCCCCGUCACACUGGUGUGAUGGUCGGAAUGGGCCAAAAAGAUGCGUACGUCGGAGACGAAGCUCAAUCCAAAAGAGGUAUUUUGACCCUAAAAUACCCAAUCGAACAUGGUAUCGUUAGCAAUUGGGAUGACAUGGAGAAAAUCUGGCAUCACACAUUCUACAACGAGCUCCGUGUUGCUCCUGAAGAACAUCCCGUUCUCCUUACCGAAGCACCAUUGAACCCUAAAGCCAAUCGUGAGAAAAUGACACAAAUCAUGUUUGAAACAUUCAAUACUCCUGCUAUGUAUGUCGCAAUUCAAGCUGUUCUUUCUCUCUAUGCUAGUGGUCGUACAACCGGUAUUGUCUUGGAUUCCGGCGAUGGUGUGAGUCAUACUGUUCCGAUCUACGAAGGUUACGCUCUUCCACACGCCAUCCUCCGUCUUGACCUCGCCGGACGUGACCUUACCGACGCCCUAAUGAAGAUCUUAACCGAACGCGGCUACUCUUUCACGACAUCAGCAGAACGUGAAAUCGUUCGAGACAUGAAGGAGAAGCUCGCCUACAUCGCGCUUGACUACGAGCAAGAGCUGGAGACUUCGAAGACAAGCUCCGCCGUGGAGAAGAGCUACGAGUUGCCCGACGGGCAGGUGAUAACGAUCGGAGCCGAGCGUUUCCGGUGCCCGGAGGUUCUUUUCCAGCCUUCGAUGAUCGGAAUGGAAGCUGCUGGUAUUCAUGAAACUACUUACAAUUCCAUCAUGAAGUGCGAUGUGGAUAUUAGGAAGGAUCUGUACGGAAACAUUGUUCUUAGUGGUGGUACGACUAUGUUCCCUGGUAUUGCUGAUAGGAUGAGUAAGGAAAUUACCGCUUUAGCCCCGAGCAGCAUGAAGAUCAAGGUCGUGGCCCCACCGGAAAGGAAGUACAGUGUCUGGAUCGGAGGCUCCAUUCUUGCAUCCCUCAGCACUUUCCAGCAGAUGUGGAUAGCGAAGGCGGAAUAUGAUGAGUCUGGUCCAUCAAUUGUGCACAGGAAAUGCUUCUGAUUUUAUAAAAAGGAGAUGUCGUAUGCUGUUUUUCAAGUUCACAAAAUUUUUAAAUAUUUUUUCCGCUCGCCUUUUCUUUUUCGAUAUAUGAUUACAUACAUAUAUGAUUUUUGUGAAAUUUGGUUGAGAUCGAAAAGACGAUUGAUGUAUUUUACUCGUUCCAUGAUUCUUUGAUUUGAAUAUUGUUUUAGAAUUGAAGUAUUUGUUCCUCUC